CCUCUUCUUUCCUCAUCUCUCCACUAAUAUAUAUGUCAUACCUGAACACCAAAACUCUUCAUAUGUAUCAUAAAAACCAAAGUUGCUUGAAAAUUGAGAUAGUUGCAACGGCCAACCAUAAUAGUGUGCAGAACAAGAACAAGACUCUGCAAAUACUAAAGCUGCUGAGAGCUCCUUCAACGACAGCUGGUAGAGUGUGACCAAUAUGGAGAACGGAGCUACCGCUGCCGCUGCUGCUGAGUCUUCAAGCUCCAUUAGGAAGAUUAUCACUGUUGCCACCGCAGCCGCCAGUGGCUAGUUCGGAUGGGCUCUGCAACUUUUCCCAUUGUCCCCUUACGUAUAGACCCUUGGGGUUCCCCACACAUGGGCUUCGUUCAUCUGCAUCAGUGGGCCCCUCGCCGGCCUUGUCGUGCAACCCAUUGUAGGCUACUACAGUGACAGCUGCAACUCACGCUCAGGCCGGACGCCGUAACUUUCAUUUUGGCCGUCUUCCUCAUCGUCUUUGCCAAAGACCAUUGGCCAUCGCGUGGAUGAUUCGUUGGAAAAUCCUUAAACCCCAGAGCGGUGGCCAUUUUCGUGGUGGGCUUUUUGAUUCUAGAUGUCGCCAACAACAUGUUCCAAGGCCUACGUCGGGCCCUCCUCGCCGAUCUCUCCGCAAAUAACCACAAAAUGAUGCGGACGGCCAACGGUUGGUUCUCUUUCUUCAUGGCCAUCGGAAACGUUCGCGGCUACCCCGCCGGUUUCUACUCAAAAUUCUACAAAAUCUUCCCUUCACUAAAACAAAAGCCUGCGACAUCAACUGCGCGAAUGUCGAAUCCUGCUUCGUAAUCAACAUUAGGACAAUAUCCUAAUGUCGAUUACGAAGCAUGAUUUGAGAUUCGCGCAGUUGAUAUCGCAGGCUUUUGUUUUAGUAAAGGGGAAGAUUUUGUAGAAUUUUAAGUAGAAACCGGCGGGGUAGCCGCGAACGUUUCCGACGGCCAUGAAGAAAGAGAACCACCCGUUGGCCGUCCGCAUCAUUUUGUGGUUAUUUGCGGAGAGGUCGGCAAGGAGGGCCCGACAUAGUAAAAAGGUUUUGACACUUUGAUCUGUAAAAGUUUCUCUCGAGGUGAGGAGAGAAAGAAAUAUUUGCAUUAUUU